GUUGGCUUGCUUGUGUUGUUGUUGUUGUUGUUGUUUUUGUUGUUGCUGUUGGUACAGCCUCUCGCCGCGCUGCCGUUAGAACUGUAUUGUUGUUGCUCGCAGCCAGGAAGGACCGUACGUUUCGGGUAGCGGUGAGCGGUGUGUUUUCACGCGUUUGCUAGGUCGAAUAUUUCACAUCGGUGCUGUAGUUGAGCAUGAACCUCGAACGCGUAGUGUUGUUCAACUAGUGAGAGUCCGUCCGUUGUGAACGCCACCUGCCGCAAAACCGAGACGAGCCGAGUAACCGCGGCGGUACGACUCACAUAACCUCCGUAACAAUGGCGAGGAGGCGCUUUUCGGACAUUCGGCCCUUCUUUGACAAAGACCAAUGGAGCGAACUUGGAGAUUACGAGAAGAACAGCUACCAGAACUCGAAAGAAAACUACGAAGCCAUGAUCAAAGCAGAACAACUGGAUGGCGCUGGUCAGGGACGCGGCCGAGGCGCGCGACCUGAAGCGCCACGUCAACCUGGGCCCCAUGGAGUACGGCGGCCGGCUGUACUUCGUCACCCUGUGCGACAUCCCCGCGGGCCAGGAGCUGGUGAUCCGCUUCCCUCCGGCCUUCAAGGUGGACACGGUCUGCGGGCGCGAGUUCGGCAGCGCCGUGACGCUGUCCCAGCACCAGCGCGCCAACGCGAGCUGCGCGGCCGAGCUGCGGCGCCGGCGGCGCGCCCUCGCAGAGCUGCAGCGCGCCAAGACGAGCAAGCCCGCGGCCGCCUCCACGCCGCCGUCGUCCCCGGGGCCGCGCGGCCGACGCCGGCGGCGCGAGGGUGACGAGGACUACUCGCCGCGAGACCACAAGCCCCUGCUGACGCGCGGCCAGAAGCGCGAGCUCAGGCGGGAGCUCCAGGAGCUGACGAUGAACCAGUUCCUGGACGUGGAGAAGCGCAUCGGCCAGGGCGAGCACGACUGCCCCCAGUGCGGGCUGCACUUCGGGCGCGCGUGCCGCCUGCGGGCGCACGUCCAGGAGCACCACCUGGCCGCCGACAGGAGCAUGCGCGACCGGUUCAGCACCAUCCCCUUCACCUGCUCCGCCUGCCCGGCCAACUUCUCGUCGCCCAAGGACCUCCGCAGCCACGUCAAGAUGACCCACUUCGGGCUACACAAGCACGACGGCGGCGGGCUGUCGGAGGCGUCCACGGCCACGACGGCCUCGGGCGCGGCCUCCCCGAGGGCCUCCCCGAGGGCCUCCCCGGCGCCCUCCCCGGCGCCCUCCUCGGCGCCCUCCCCGGCGCCCUCCUCGGCACCCUCCUCGGCACCCACCCUGGCGGCCUCGGACACCGCUUCGGAGGUACCGUCGGACGCAGAGUCGGAGUCCGACUCGGAAAUCUCUGACAAGCCGGUGGCGGCGGACUCCUCUCUGAGUUCCACCACCAUUGAGACGUCAAUGGAGCUGGACAACUCACAGGAUACGUCCACUGAAAGCAACCCCUAACUAGUGGGGGUGUUUACAAUAUGUUUCUGCAUUACUGGCUAUUCUUCCUAAUUUGGGUGUAUGCUGGCCUUUUACACUGUUUGAAGCAGAUCUGCUUCAAGUCAACUUGAGUUCUUUUUUUUUAUGUUUAAGGUUUUAAAUGUAAAUGGAAGAAGCAUUGCGCUCAGUACUCAUAUGAAAAAUCCCCUUUGGAUUUCAAGUGUGUACAGUUCCUUUUCUUUUAUUUUAGUUAAAAUAUGUUUUCUGACAAUUGUGGUUUAUCAUAUCUUGUAAUCCUUAUGAAAAGCUGUCAACUCUUCCCACAUGACUUUAUGUAAUUUUAAUUCUAAUAAAAUGCCAUAUUCUAUUA